AUGGAGACUAUUAAUUAACAAUUAAUAGACCAGAUUAAAUCUAUUUUGAAGUAUGAUGAGUUUAUUGCUUUAAAAAGCCAUGAUGCUUUUAAGAAGCCUGAGUGUAAAUAUAAAAAAACUGAAGAAAUGUUGUAAUAAAUCAAUUUAACAAAAUUGAAAUCUCCAUAAAUUAUGGAAAUAGUGUUUAAAUUGUUGCCCGAAAUUAUUAUUAAAACAACACAAAUAUGUACUAAAGGAAAUAUUUGA